GAGUAAAAAGUAAGCAAAGUUUCGUGGUGGUGCAAAAACAUGUAGUUUUGACUGAUAACAGUCACUUUCUCCAAAGUUGAACGAAUUCAAUGAAGAACUUAGUAAGUCGGUAUCUUAAAUAUUGCAUGACUACAGUGACUCAAAGUUUCUGACGUGCUUAUAAAUCGCGACGUCUCAUAAUGGCUUCAACUGAGCCAGUCGGACUUAGCAAGUCCUGGGAACUUUCGAUGUACGAGCUACAUCGUACGCCACAAGAGGCAAUAACUGAUAACACCGAAAUCGCAGUGUCACCCCGCAGUUUACACAGUGAACUCAUGUGUCCAAUUUGUCUAGACAUGUUGAAGAAAACAAUGACAACAAAGGAAUGUUUACAUAGAUUUUGUUCCGACUGCAUCAUCACAGCUCUAAGAUCAGGCAACAAAGAGUGCCCUACUUGUCGUAAAAAACUCGUUUCAAAACGGUCUUUAAGGCCUGAUCCCAAUUUUGACCUGUUAAUCUCUAAAAUCUACCCGAGUCGAGAUGAAUAUGAAGCACAUCAGGUCCGAGUUCUGGAGAAAUUGAACAAAAGCCACAGCCAAGCUGCGCUUGUGAACUCAAUAACCGAGGGAAUCAAACUUCAAACACAGAAUAGGCUACAAAGAUUGAAAAAGAAUGCCAAUGAUCCGGACACCACACAAAAUGAACCACAAGUUCCUCCGAGUCUACAGAGCGAAUCAGCAGGAGAGCGUCUAUCCUCCUCUUUCUCAGUCGUCAAUGAGAACUCUCAGUCCUCGUGCUCCUCGCAAUUGUCGAAAGAUAAUGUGAGUGCUUUCAACUCCAAAUUCCUGAGAAACUCUAAAUCCAUGACAAAUUCUGAAAUCGACUCAACAGAAUCUAGUAUGGACACUUUUGGAGGCAAUGACUCUAUGAUGGAAGGUGAGACAUCUACCGAAGUUGCAAUCGUCAAUGAGAUUGAGCUAGUUUUCAAACCGCAUCCACUGGAAAUGGUAGAGGAUGACGUCCUCAUCAAAGCUCUCAGAGGGAACUCAAUACGCUACAUAAAAACCACAGCAAAUGCUACAGUGGAUCAUUUGAGCAAAUAUCUGGCUAUGCGUUUAACAUUAGACCUUGGUGCAGAGUUACCUGACCGGACUCUUAACUUUUGUAUUUAUAUUUCUCCUACGCCAAAUAACUUUAUUAUUCUUAGUGGUAAUCAAACCUUAAGGCAAGUCAAUGAUAAAUUUUGGAAAGUUAAUAAGCCUCUUGAAAUGUAUUAUUCUUGGAAGAAAACUUAGUUUUUCCUAAAGAUAUCCGCUAGGUAUUUCAUUCUCUGUAAGAUACAGUUUACAUGUACUUUUGACUGUGAGAUAGUCGAUGCGACUAGUAGCUGCCCUGUCUGUUAGCCCUAACAAGCCUCCGAGAGUACACAAUACACUUUAUCUUGUUUCAUAAUGUGCCAUAACAAAAUGAGUUUAAUUGAUUGAAUACGGUUUUGAUGAAUCCACAUGUAUUUUUAAUGAGCUAUGAAUGUUGCUGUUGUAAGGGGAUUGAAGUCACGUUGGCACAUCUAAAAAUGAAAUUAUGAGGACAGAGAAAAAUUAUGAAUGAAAUUAUGAGAUGAAUUAUGAGGGCAGAGAAAUCUUUUUGUAUUUUGGUCUGAUGAUCAAUAAUUUUGAACUUUGAAAUUAAAGUGAAACCAUAAAAAUUAAGUGUGAAAAUUUGCACUGAGAAAAAUGUCAGUAAUUUGAUAGACGGAUAGUAUUUCCAUACCAUUACGCCAAGACCAGUUGAAAUAAUAUUUCUCUCAAGGGCUCAACUGCCAAAAUUUUCAAGUUCCAAGGAAAAUGAGAAAAAUUGUGCUAUUUGGCUUGCGCUCAACCUUUUGAGCCGAAGAAACGUUUUUGUCUGAAAAAUACCUGCUACUUAUAAUUGGACUCAUAAGAUUAAAUGCACACCAAUGACACAGUUUUUUCUGUCUUUCUUGAAACUUGGAUUUUGAUGCUUAAGCCCUUAAGUAAAAUAUGCCCAGGUGUUUUAUCGGAGUUAAUGUAGUCUUGAUUAAUGACAUGUUUGUUGUAUUGGCCCACUGAUUUUGAAACCCCUGCCCACAAAGCCAUUUACUUUUGCUGUAGAUUGUGUAUAUUUGUGCCAUGAAGAAGAUCCUAAACUCAAACUUGCCACCGCAGUGCCAAUUUUCAAGAAUUUUUACUUUUCAUGGUUUCAAAGAUGAAUGGCAAAUUGAGGAAUUUUGGUAGGGUCAAUAUCUUUUCAAAACACUUCUAAAUAUAAGGAUUUCAGUGAAAUGUUUCAACAUUUCAGAGAAGAAUAGAAAUUCAUAAAUAUCUACAGGGUGCUCAUUGCGGACUUUUGCUCUAAUUUAUUUUCAAAUACCUAAGUGUUUAGCUAAAAUGAAAAAGGGAUGAAGGAUAUUUGCUUUAAAUCAUCUGCUACAGUUCAAACUUCUCUUUGUCUUGCAAGACAAAUAAUCAUUGCAUUUGAGUAUUAUCAUUACUUUGAAUUAGUGCUUCUGUAUUCAGAAGUUAAUCUUAAAUAGGGUCUCAAAAUACUACGGAAAGUUCAAAAAUUUCCAAAAUAUACUUUCUCAUAAUAUCCAAAAUCUACUUAAUGAGCUGUGUCAGUCACACACAUUAGCGAUCACUUACCCGCAACACUUACUAGGACUCAUUUUUUUCUUCAGUAAAUGAAUUUAACUUUACAUGGGCCUUUUAAUUUUGUUUUAAUUACUGGGUCCGGAUGAGGCGCAAAAGUUAAGAGAAGCCAGUUUUUUAGCUGAACAGCAAAUCUAAAAUGAAACUCUGUGCUUUUGGUGGUUUCUCUCCCAUUUGCAUACGAGGUGAGGGCACACUAAAACUUCUUCCUCCAUUUCAACCUUUUUCUUUCCUAUUCAAAGACAAAUAUCUCUAUUUGCCAUCCAAGGGCUGCUAUUAAAUGUCAAAAGUGAUGAACCUAACUGGAAGCUAAUAAUAGGACGCCCCUAGCGGCCUAGGAAGAUUGAAAGCAGGAAAAUAAUUAUUUUUUUUGAAAUCUGCUCCCUUUCCAUGACCAUGGGCUGCAGGCCAUGUAGCCCAUGUCUACAUUCAUGAUCUGUCCAGAAAAAAAAACUCAAUUUCAUAUUCACAUUUCCAAUUUAUUUUCACGAAUAUGCAAUACAUUGGUUUUGAAAAAGAGAAAAAAAAGGGCUCCCUAACUUUCUAGUUAGAGAGGACUAAGACAGACAAUAAAAAUGGGGAUGGAAAAUUUGGAUGAAUUGUAUCCUUGCAGUGUAUGGCAAAGUUACGUAUACAUUUGUGCAGAUUGUGGACCACAGUCAUACAGAGAAUCUAGAGAGAUUGUGGAAGGAAACGUCUUAUUCAUUGUUA